AUAUAAUCCUAUUCAUGAAUUGAUUAUGUUUUCUUAAACAGCAAUUAAUUUCAAUGAUUUCCAUCUGCUAAUUUUUCGAAUUAUGGUUUUGAUUAAGUUUUACAACUCUAUGACUUUCGUAGGAAAGGUUAUGUUUUCGUUCAAAAUCUGAAAAUUUUAAGUAUCAAAAUGUUUCGUAAACCAAUAAAAAUUAAAAGUAACACACCUGUUAAGAGUUCUGAAAGGAAGCAUGUAAAAGAUAAAAUUCAUAAGCAGUAUCCGACCCUGACUGAAGAAGACCUAAACAAUUUAUUGCCAAAAAAAGAGGGCUUGAAUUGUGUAAAAAUAGUUACAGCUUCCAAUGAAAUAAUUCAAGUAUACACAGUUCUAAAACGCCCAAUUUGCUUUGAGUUACAUGAUAAGAUCUUCCCGACAAUAUGUCUCUUAUGGCAGUUUCCUAAUAUUAUCCAUAAUUUCACAACACAUAAGGAAGUAAUGAAUUUUAUAUAUUCUGGAGCCGAUUUGAUGCUACCUGGUGUUUUAACACCUCCAGCCCAAACCAGUCUUCCCAAAUAUGGAUGUGCAAUCCAGAAAGAUAGUAUUGUUGCUAUUAAUCUAUCAACCAAUAAGGCAUCUAUUGCUGUUGGCUUUGCCACAAUGAGCUCCGUGGAAAUGGAAGCUUCUGGAAAGAAAGGAAAAUGUGUUUCUGUUAUCCAUACCUAUGGAGAUAAAUUGUUUACUCUAGAGGGAUUUGACAGUCCAAUUCCACAAAUGGGUCCACCAGAAUGGUUAACUUUCCAAAAAGAUGACGAUUUUCCUCCAUUAGGCGCACGUCCCAAAAGAAAACUGAGUCAAAAUUUGUCCAGUCCUGGUGAUACUCCACAGUCUGAAGGUGCAAAUAAUUCUCCAGCUGAUGAUAAGGAGAAGAAAGAAGAAAGUAUCGAUAAUGACAAAAACAUGUUAGAGACUAAUGAAAUCACAAAAGAAAUGACGAUUGAAGAUGUUGAUGAGCUGUUGUACAAUUGCUUUUUUACUGCAAUUAAAUAUUCAAAAACUUUGACACUUCCAAUUUUAACUUCCAAUUUCUACAAGCUACAGAUGCUGGCUAAUUGUCCUCCUGGAAAAACUUUAGAUAUUAAGAAAUCUUCUUUUAAAAAAUUGAAACCAUUUCUGGAUAAAAUGUGCAAGGAAAAUAUUAUAGUAGUUAAAGAAAUGAAGAAAGGUGUUGAAUCUAUUGUCGAGGUCAAUAAGUCGCAUCCUAAAUUUGAGGGAUUUUAUGUUUCACCAGAAGAGAGACCUAGAAAAAAUCAGGAAGAUUGCUCUUCAAGUGGUACCCCAAGUGUUAUAGAAUCAUAUGUUGUCACUAAUGCUGUUCUUCCAAUUCUCAAUUUCAGUAGGCCUAAGUGGCAAAAAGGAGAUACAAUUCUUGGUAGUGAUGUGAGAAAGUAUAUUAGAGAAUAUAUUAUGCUCAGAAAUUGCCAACAUGAGAAUUCUAAAUUGGUUCAACCUGAUGAAGCAUUGUCAUCCAUUUGCAAAAACACAAAUCCAAUAGCAUGGGAAGAAGUGUACGAAAAAGUAUGUGAUAGUAUGAAAAACUGUUUCAAGGUACAAACAAAUCAAAAAGAAAUUCUUAAUAAAGGAAAAGUAAGCCCGAUAACUAUUAGUGUGGCUAACCGAUCAGGAAAUAAAAAAGUUACCCUAGUUGACAAUUUAGAACUUUUUGGAGUGAAAAUUCUAGAGUUUGCUAAAGAAUGUCAGCAUGGUGUUGCUGCAAGUACAAGCGUCAGCAUUCCACCAGGCAAAAAAACAGAACAGUUACUUGUUCAAGGAAAUCAAGUCCUUUUUGUGUAUAAUUUGUUGGUUGAUAAAUACCAAAUUCCAAAACGUUACAUAAGAGGAUUGGAGAAUGCUCCGAAAAGGAAGAAAUAAGCACCAGCAAAAUUAUUUUGUGAAAUAUUGAUGUUUCAAAAUAUGAUAUUUUGAUGUU